CCCACCGUAUACGGAUACGUGGCGAAACACGGCUGUCUAACGUACAUCGUGCGCACGUCGAAGACGUCACUGGCACGUGUGAAGCUCAUUUCCCCCAGUUAUUAAAAGACAACCUAUCGUAAAGUAAAUGUGGCCGGGUUAAUACGUGUCUGAGUCAACACGGUCCGAGUACAUCAAACAGACAGGGUACACGGAAGACGCUUCGGAUUCUUAAUGAGCUUCGCCUAAUGAAUUUGGGAUACGCCAAAAGGAAAACAGUGACGCGGCGCUGAUCUGGUUCUCGUUCGGGGAGUCGUUUUGACGAAGCGUCGAGCAGCAAUCAGACGGACUAUCGCUUAUCUAGAAUGAGGUGAUAACAUGCACCGGUUGGGUUUAUUACACAAUAAAGGUUUCUUAAAACAAGCAAGCCCUGUAUGUCAAUAUUAAUAUCCACGCAAGCCUACAAUUAUUACUGACGUGCACGUCUGCAUACACGUAAAACGAAACUCCUGAUUAAGCACGCUCGGUGAUAAAAACAAAAUUUCGCUGCUAUUGCGAUUGUUCUUUGAUUAAAUGUGAAUAAAUCAGUAGUUAGGUAAAGGAAGCUUGGCAGGUUUUGAUGGGAGCUUGGAGGUUGCGAUGAGAAUUCCAGCACUGUCGGCGUCCCAUUGUUACACAGCUGCUAAGAGUUGUGCUGGGAUUGGAUUAGAUUGGAUUCUACCUCACUUUAUAUAAAUGAGUAUGACGGAGAGGAAAGAAAUCAAAGCAGAGAGGACCAAUGCUCUUAUGAGAGUGUGGUCCUGAUAAACCUUUACAAGCCCCCAACACAUUUUAUUUCACUUGACAUAAAACUUACCCGUAUCCCUUUUCUUUCUUUCAUCAGAAGAAUCAGAAGCCGGCGACACCAAGACCUCAACUCUCUAACACUCAUGAAGAAUGAGCCUUUUCCUCGAGAACUUCAUGUUGCAUCUUGGGCGGAAACAUGAGCCACACCUGCGAAAUCCAGGCAUCCAAUACGACGGUAGAUCUAGGUCCACUAGGGGGCCAUGAGCCUUGGGAAGUGGUUCUGAUCGUUCUUGUGACCGGCACGCUCUCGUUCAUCACCAUCUUGGGUAACCUGUUAGUGCUCGUCUCCUUCCGGCUCAACCGGCAACUAAGAACCAUCAGCAACUAUUAUCUCUUGAGUUUGGCAGUGGCUGAUUUAAUCCUAGGCACAGUCUCGAUGAACCUCUACACAGCCAAUAUCAUAAUGGGUCGCUGGAUGUUGGGACAUCUAGCAUGCGAUCUCUGGCUAGCAUUAGACUAUGUAGCUAGCAAUGCUUCAGUCAUGAACCUCCUAGUAAUUAGCUUCGACAGGUACUUCUCUGUAACCCGACCGUUGACGUAUCGGGUCAAACGGACGCCCAGAAAAGCUGCAGUGUUGAUCACACUAGCGUGGGGGAUAUCGUUUGUACUAUGGGGCCCUGCGAUCUUGUUUUGGCCCCAUUCAAAAAGAACACUGAAGGACAAGGUGGACUGCUCGAUCCCGUUUCUAAAAGUGCCUUCUUUAACCUUUGGGACAGCCAUAGCGGCUUUCUACCUCCCUGUCAGCAUCAUGAUCAUUCUAUACUGGCGGAUUUACUGGGAGAUUGAGAACAGGGCAAAAGGGCUUUCCAAGUUCGUCGGGUCUGUCGGUAGCAGUCAGAGUAGCUCGGUGAAGAUAGCAAACAAGUGGUCCAACAGUACCCAAAGCAGUCUCAGAAGCUCCAUUGAGACACAUCCCAGAAAGGGUCCAGAGCUUGCCAGGAAAACAUCAGGUGGGUGCUUUCCAGCAAGACAAAAACAACUUCCUUUGGUUCCGGGAAAUCUAUCCGUGCCGCCACCACCGAGUGAAAUCAAUUACAGGGAGGCAUGCAGCAGCAGCAGCUGGAACAUCGAAGAUGAGGAUGACGACGAUGCUGCAACGUCUUCGACGAGCGAGGAAGAGCAAAAACAAGACCACAAAGCGGCGACGCUGUCCGCGUCAAAUCCCGCAGAGAUCAAGCUGAAGGAUCUGCAAGUGACAUCGGCGAGUCAGCAGGAAGUUCCAGCCAUCCAAGUUGCCGACCCGUUGUCCAGCCAACCCUCCAAACACCUCCCACUCAAAAAGAACAGACAGCUGGACCUCGGCCUCCACAAGCAGCCCAAAACCAAAAGGCGAAUAAACAUCAUUCGAGAAAAGAAGGCGGCACGGACGUUGAGCGCCAUCUUAUUGGCUUUCAUCCUGACAUGGACGCCGUACAACAUCAUGGUCUUGGCUUCUAUUUCGUACUGCGUCCCUGAAAAGUUGUGGCAUCUGGGAUACUGGUUGUGCUACGUCAACAGCACGGUUAACCCCAUGUGCUACGCUCUCUGUAACGAGUCCUUCCGAGCCACUUUCAAAACGCUGCUACUGUGUCGCCGUGGAGACGCCAGAAAAUGGCAAACAAGUCACCGGAGCCGUCGGGCUUCCGCGAGGCCGAAUAAGUCAUGCAGCACAGUGUGAUGUGCAAACCGUGUCCCGUGUGUUUUACGCAACAACGUAUAGGAAACACGGAUGUAAAAAGAACUUGAGUU